CACAAAAUCAUUCCGCAUGGCAAGACUUGGAGACCAAGUUACAUUGGCAUCACGACGUGUUCCACCUCCAAGAAAAAUGCCUGACAACUUUUCCCAUAUUAUCUCCACUCUUGCAUGCAGAGUGACCAAUGCCGAUAACGAAAACCCAACACAAUCGAGUAAUGGCAAGAUAAGCGCCGUGUAAAUGUGAGGAUGCGAGUCGACACGCGACUACCGGUUCAUGAUUUUAACCCCUCCUGCCAGCCAACGCUUCGAGGCUACCAUAUACCCAAAACUUCAUCCCUUCUUCCUGUUCCUUUAUAUCGUUAAGGGGUACGAAGUAGGUGGGAUCAAAACAACUCACCAUUUCACCACCAGCCCCUACCCCUCCAUCAAGCUCACCACUCCCCCUCCGCACGCGCACCUCGACCCCUAGCCUUCAACUUUCAAGAAACCAACACAACAUGAAAGCCACCCUUCGAAAAUGGCACUCCCACCUGGGGCCCUUGCGCGCCAUCCCGCUGUCAGCGCUGUCCCUGAUCGCCCUCCUGCUCCUGGUCAACGCCAUCGUGUGGACCGCCGCGGGGACUUUGUUACAUUACAACCCCAAACUCAUCUCCCCCGCCGUGCUCUCGUACACGCUCGGCCUCCGCCACGCACUCGACGCCGACCAUAUUAGUGCCAUCGACCUCAUGACCCGCCGGCUAAUUGCCUCGGGCCAGAGGCCGGUGGCGGUGGGGACGUUUUUCAGUCUCGGGCACUCGACCGUGGUCAUCGUCACGUGUGUGGUGGUGGCGGCCACGGCGGGGGCGCUGCGCGAGCGCUUCGAUAACUUCCAGCGCAUUGGGGGCAUCAUUGGCACGAGCGUGUCGGCGGCCUUCCUGCUGCUUCUCUGUGCCGGGAACGGGUGGGUGCUGUGGCGGCUGGUGCGGAGGCUGCGGGCUGUCUUGGAGGAGCAGCGGGUCGCCGUCGCCAGGGACCAACGGGGCGGGACUAGCGAGAGCGAGAGUGUGAGUGACGCCGGCGAGGUUGAUGUCGACGUGGCCGGGACAGCUACAGGGCAGAUGCAGCAUCUGGAAGGCAUCGGGUUUCUCGGCAGGGUGUUUCGCGGCGUGUUCAGGAUCGUGGACAGGCCCUGGAAGAUGCUGCCGUUGGGGAUCCUGUUUGGGCUGGGUUUUGAUACCAGCUCCGAAAUUGCUAUCUUGGGCAUUGCGAGCAUCCAGGCGGCUGCUGGGACGAGUAUGUGGGUCAUAUUGAUCUUUCCCGCGCUGUUUACUGCUGGCAUGUGCCUUCUUGAUACCACCGACGGCGCCCUCAUGAUGGCUUUGUACACCUCCAAAGCAUUCUCCAGAGACGUGGUGGCCAUCCUGUACUACUCCAUUGUCCUGACUGGAAUCACUGUGUUCGUCUCGGCUUUCAUCGGCAUAAUCCAGGUCUUGUCGCUCAUUGAGCACGUUGCUGAGCCCGAUGGGAGCUUUUGGGAAGGCGUCGGCGCCAUUGGAGACUACUACGACGUUAUUGGCGGCUGUAUAUGCGGUGUCUUCCUCCUUGUUGGCCUCGGUUCGGUGGUGAUUUAUCGACCUUGGAGAAGGCGGAUGGACAGGAGAGUUUCUGGGCACGGGGAUGAGACGGAACCGCGGAGCCCGGAUGCACUGAUUCCUCCAGAAGCCGCUCGAGACCUCGGAUACGGCACGACUGUUUGAGUGAGAAGGGGAGGCAAUUCAGGGGCUCAUCCAGGAUCCCGCAAUGCAAGGCGGGCGGUGCGUGUCAGUCAUGUGAAUGCCACACGCAACGUCGGGAUUCUCACGAAGUGCCCACCCAACCCACUGUAUAUCGUGGGUAUCCGGACUACGCGUUGUCGGCUUCCAGGAGAGACGAAAGACGAAUGCGCAGUUGGCAUAAGGAAGCGGUUGGGAUAGCUAAGAUACCCAAAUAGAAACCUUACAUCUGGUUGUCAUGGACAACUUAGCCUUCCCUAGGUUUCGGCAUUAUCCAACGAAUGUUGACAGUU